UUUUUUUUUGUGUAGAUAGAAGUCAAUAAAAUUUGAAUGGCCUCAACAAGCUUUGAAAGCAGUUAUGGUACUAGAUCAAAGACCAUCGAAGUCCCAUUACAACAUGAACAGGUUUUAGAAGUCGUUUGUAAUGACUUACCUUCAAACCCUACUGAAUUAACCGACAUUUUUCGCCAAGAAUCAGUAGGCCUUCCUUAUUAUAGAAUGUUAGCUAUUGAGUAUUAUCAUCAAAAUAAAGUUGAGCAAAGUAUUCAGGUUGUUCAAGCUGCUUUAACCACUGCAAGCCAAUCACCUCAUACCCAACCACGACAGAAAUUACCACUUUUGACAUUAAUUGCUACACUUCAUAUGCGACUUGCGAGAAGAGAAACAGAUGAUACUCAACGACAAAAAUAUUUAACUGAUGCAACUCAAUACAUCAAUGAAGCCGAUCGUAUUCAUAACCAAUAUGAACCUACAUUUGUUAUAAAAGGGAAUCUUUACAUUUUACUUAGAAAGGUCGAUGAAGCAUCUCGUUCUUUCAAUAUGAUUUUAGAAAAGAGACCCAACUGCAUUCCAGCCUUAUUAGGUCGUGCAAAAAUUCAAUAUCACCUUCAGCAAUAUAAAGCUUCUCUCAUGUCCUAUCAAACAGCACUUAGAUAUUCACGCAAUAAAUUUUCAGGCUUUGAAAUCCGUUUUGGAAUCGCUCAAUGUUAUGCACAAUUAAAAAUGUAUUCAGAAGCAAAAGCUGCCUUGAAGCGCUGUAUUGAAGUUAGUUCAGCACCUAAUGCAAAUGCUUAUAUUUUACUCGCCAUUCUUGAAUUAAAUGAAUCUAAAGUUCCUCAAAAUGGUCUUGUUCAACAAGAAACCGCUUUGAGGCAUGGUCUUCAACACAUGCAACAGGCUCAUGUUGCCAACAAAAAGCAUCCUGUUGCAUUAAACAUCAUGGCAGAUCAUUUCUUUUUAACGCGUGAUUUUGAAAAGACAAUACAAGCAGCUUCAAGAGCUUUAAAGAAUUCAUCAAACAAUAUUAAUAAAGCAGAGGCUUUAUACCAAAUUGCCAGAGCUCAUCAUCAAAUGCAAGAGUUUGAAAAUGCUUACAAUUAUUAUUCUCAAGCAUUAGAAUUAAAUCCUAAACAUGUUUUGGCUCAGUUUGGCUUAGGACAAAUGCAAUUGAAAAGAGGCGAGUAUAAUGCGGCCAUUGAAAUAUUUGAAAAGCUCCAUAAAUCAGAAACAACAUCUGUUGAAGUUAUGAAAAUACUUGGUUCACUUUAUGCUCUAGUUGGCAAAAAGGAGCAAUCAUUUGCUUUAUUCAAUAAGAUUUUAGGACACGCUGAUCAUGACCCCUUAUUAGCGAUUGAAGUUGCAGAAGUGUAUGAAGAUAAAGAUAAGAAUAAUUCAUUGAAAUAUUAUAAACAGUCACUAGAUCUUUUAAAUGCCAUACCAAAAGAUGAUGAGCUUAGCCAAGAACGUAUUAGAGAAAUCAAGCCUGAAUUAUUAAAUAAUAUUGCAGUUAUGCAUCAAAAACUGGAUAAUCUUACAGAAGCAGAACAUUAUUAUGGACUUGCCCUUCAAGAAGUUGAAUUAUGUACAGGACAAGAAAAGGAAUUGAAAUUGACUAUAAGUUAUAAUUUAGCUAGAUUAUAUGAAGAACGUAUGGAAAUUGAAAAGGCUACAGCUAUUUACAGAAAGAUUAUUGAGGAUUACCCAAGCUAUACCGAUGCUCAUUUACGUUUAGGUGCAAUAGAAGAAUCUAUAGGCAAAACAUCAGAAGCGAAUGAAUAUUAUAAAGAAGUAUUUGAUACAGAUCCUUUAGAUGUUAAAGGAUGGAUUAUGAUUGGACAAUCUAAUCCUAUCGAUUCUAAACUUUAUAAACGAUCAUUUGAAAAAGUAUUAAAGGAUUGUGAUAAAAAUGAUCUUUAUACUCAUGUUGCACUUGGCAAUUAUCAUGCAAGCAUAGCAAGAGAAAUGAAAACUGAGAAAACCAAACAAAUACGUGCAGAUUCUUACAAGUUGGCAGUUAAUUUUUAUUCACAAGCCUUAAGACGUGAUCCUAUGAAUACAUAUGCAGCAAAUGGAUUAGCUAUUGUUAUUGCUGAAAUUGGCCAUAUUGAACAAGCAAGAGAUUUAUUUAAUCAAGUACGUGAAGCUAAUGUGAAUAAUCCUAAUGUCUGGGUUAAUUUAGCACAUGCAUAUGUUGAAUUAAAGCAAUAUAAACAAGCUAUUGUGAUGUAUGAAAAUGCAUUAAAGAAAUUAUAUAAUAACAAGGAUGCUAAUCUUUUAUUAUGUCUUGCAAGAGCACAAUAUAUUCUUUCCAAGCAAGACAAAGACCCAGAAACAAUGUAUGGAGCUUUAAAGAACACUGAAAAAGCAUUACAUAUCAACCCAUCUGAUAAAACAACUUAUUAUAACUUGGCACUUGUCCAGCAAUCUUAUGCACAACAAAUUUCUGAUUUGCCUCAAGAACAACGUAGUUCGCAUGAUAUCCGUAAAGCAUUAAGUUGUCUCGAAUGUGGCCAACGUACGUUCCAUAUGCUUGUGAAUGUGAAAGAACAUACAUUAUAUGAUAAAAAGAUUACAGAACAACGUGAACGUUAUGGUGAAACUUUGCGUGUUCAACUAGAUAGAAAGUUGACUGAACAAAUCAAUUUUGAACAAAGUAAAGAAGAGAAAUUAAAUAAAGCACGAAAGAAGCGUGAAGCAGAACGUGAAAGAUUAAAAAAAGCUGAAGAAGAGAAACAAAGAUUACGACAAUUAGAGAUGGAAAGAAUGGAAGAAGAACGUCGUCGACUUAUGGAAAAAGUACGUGAAGAUAACUUAUUAAUGGCAACUCAACAAUUACAAGAUGAGGAUUAUGAAGAAGAAAAGAAGAAUAAAAAGCGUUCAAGAAAGAGAAAAGAACGUGAUGAGGAUGAAGAAGGAGAAGAAGAAGAAGAAGAAGGAGGAAAAAGAAGAAGAAAUAAUGAUGAAUAUGAAGAAGAAGAAGAUGAAUAUGAAAAGCUUUUGAAUAAAAAGGAUAAAAAGCAAUAUCGUAGUAAACGUAUCAUUGAAGAUUCAGACGAAGAAGAUGCUGAUGGAUUCUAAAACUAAUUGGAUAAAUAUUAAAAUGAGAGAUUCUGUAAAAUAAGCUUGUUAAAGAAGUGUUUAUAUACAAAAUAGCUUAGUGUUAUAUAAAAAUGACUUUUAAUUACUAUUUUUUUUUUCAUUAUACAAUAAAUACAGAAUAAAUGCCUUUUGUGUGUGUGUGUGUGUGUGUGUGAGGAUGUUUGUUAUACAAU